AUUUCGAUAAAUCUUAAGGUAUCGUUGUUUUGCACAUUCGUAGGAUUCGUUUUUGCUAAACGUGUGUAAAUUUAUUUGCCGGUUUUUUUUUCCUGUGUGGUAUUAUAAUUAAAUUGUAAACAUGUCUGCUGCUAUGCCCAUUAAUCCUAAACCAUUUCUUAAUGGUCUGACUGGAAAAGCCGUGAUUAUCAAGUUGAAAUGGGGUCAUGAAUAUAAAGGCUACUUGGUUUCAGUGGAUGGCUACAUGAACAUGCAAUUAGCUAAUACUGAGGAACACACUGCUGAUGGACAAGUCACUGGAAACUUGGGAGAAGUUCUCAUCCGUUGUAAUAAUGUAUUAUAUAUAAAAGGAGUAGAUGACGAAGACGAAGAGGGUGAAAUGAGAGACUAAUUAUACAUAAAUAUAUUAUUUGUAUAAACAUAAAACUAAGAAAUGUUAAAAUAAUUUAACAGAAUUUAGAAUUAAGUUGUGUGGUAUGAAUAUUACUAAGUUUUGUAUAAGAAUUAUAAUAAACAAUAUUAAAAUUUGGUA